AAUUCUAGGGAAGAUUGUAGAAUUUUUUAAAUACAGCUUUGAAAUAAAUUUAUUGUAUAUUUUUUAAUGUUCCUUAAUCAAAGAGAAAACCCACUUAAGUUUAAUAAUAAAUUUGAGAAAGUAAUAAACAAAAUUACGGUUUAUCUUUCCUCUUUCCUUUCACACUGAAGGGUAUAUUUUUCACAAAACUAUAUUUUUCCGCGACUAUUGUCCGCGACAAACUCCUGCCUUCUUUUCGGCUAUUUUUAAAUACGCUUCGACUUUACUUCGCCGCGCUUCGCGCCUCGUCGCUUUUAUAUUUAAAACCGGAGGAGAACACGAGUCUCGUGGAAUUUGUCGUUGUGUGUCGUUGCGCUGUCCACGCAUUAGGCAUCAGGAAUAUAAGAUAAAUUGUCAGUGAUAUUCCUUCCUCUUUCCUGUUAUCUGCGGAGGCGGGACACGAGAGAGGAAACGGAAGAAUAACAAUAACGCGGUAUAUCACUUCGUCGCGGAUUCUCAGAUGGUCAAGUUCUCGAGCUCAACAUUGACGGUACAGCGGUGUUACAACCAUAAUCUCCGACGGUGUUCUUCAGCGAUUUACACUAAAGUGGCGUCUUAUUGCAAGUGAAUUGAAGAAAAUGUAACAAGAUAUAAAGCAUGAUGUAUCCAUCGUAUAAAAUACUAGCGGUCGACGUAUUAAUGUCGAGUGACAAUAAAAAUUCAACGCUUUAUCCGAGAUUAAAAGUCGGCUUCUACUAUCUCGUAAAAAAGCUCCUUCUACUGAUGCAGAGACAGAUUACGGUGAUAGAGCUGGUUGCAGGAUUAGCGAUAAUUUGCGUUGUCACAUUGUUAAUGCUGUCGAAUUCAGCGCAAACCGCGCAUAUGGAGGCAAACAUAGAGCGGGCCACAUCGUUGAGGUAUGCGUCGCCGAAAUACACGCCAGUUGUUGCACGCGCCGUCACGUCUAGAAUAAAGCCACGAGCCCCGAUGUCGCGGGAACAGAUGGAGAUUGUUGGACGUGAGUUAGACAGGAGGAGACAGUGGGUGGCACGCGUGUGUGAGACAAUCGACACGAAAAGCUCGCAGCCGGACGCCACGCUGACAAACAUGAUCAUCGACACGGAGCACAACGUGUCAUGGUGCCCUAUAUACAAGGCGGCGAGUUCCACGUGGAUGAAUUACUUCGCCAUUCUGAAGGGCACUCUGACAGACGAUACUAUGGAUUUGGUGCGUCGCAAUCUUACGCAGAUUAGCGAUAUCGUAAGACAAAAGUUUCGGCAGGAUGAGGAUUUUAAUAAAAUCUAUGAGAAAGUUUUAAGAACAAAGAAGUUUCUGAUUGUGCGCCAUCCGCUGGAGCGUCUUCUAUCCGCAUACAGGGACAAAUUGGAGCACAUGCAAAACCGCGAAUAUUACUACAAACGCUUCGGUCGGCGCAUCGCGAUCAAAUAUCGUGAUCAAGCCGAUAACGCAACUAGAUUAGAGCCGACAUUCACCGAAUUUCUGCGGUUUAUAGUCGGCGAAAGGUACUUCGACGAACACUGGGCACCGUACGAUCGCACCUGCGAACCCUGCACGCUUCACUACGAUUACAUUCUGAAGUUCGAGACACUGGACAGAGACCAGAAUUUUUUCAUCCAGGAUGCCAAUCUUAGUGGGUACCUGUACGAGAGAAACUAUCCGCAAAACAUUAAUCCUCUAGGCGCGACAACCAGGAAAAUACUUAAUGAAUACAUCAAGGGGAUACCACAAACACUCCUCAACAAAGUUUACAAGAUUUACGAAAAUGAUUAUAAAUUGUUCAACUAUACAUCUAUUUAACAUUAUCGAUGUCUCUGUGUGUCGGUCAUAUUUACACAAUAAUGGGUAAUUAAUCGAUUCAUAAUCAAUUGAUUAAUUGAAGAUACAUAAUCUAAGAAAAUCGAUUAUUCAAGAAAAAAUUAAUCUAUUAUUAAUUAUUAGUCGUAAUUAAAUCGAUUAAUUUGUUUUCUUCGGUAAUCGAUUCUAUUGAAUUAUUUAUCUCUAAAUAAUUGAUUAAUCAAUUAUGAAUCGGAUAAAUGUCCAUUACUGUCCAGGCAGCUGUUUUUAUACAAUGAUAAUCUGAAGAAUGUUAAAUCUUCAUAAAAGCUCUGAUUUAAAUGUGAUGUAACAUAAAAAUUUAUUUAAUGUUUUUCAUUUUUUAGAGAAAAAAUAUUUUGAUGUUAAAAUAUAUGUAAAAAUUAUAUAUUAAAAAAAAUAGCAAA